AUGCUAGGAACUGCGUCUCUGUUAUUGUCAUUGACCUUGUGUUGGGCAAGAACGCUGCCACAGAUGUCACAACAACAGCAACCUGAUCCGGAUUGGAACCGAAAUGCCAGUCAAUUGAUAAUAAGUAAAGGCUAUCCAUGCGAAGAACACAAGAUUAUCACCGAAGACGGAUACAUUCUCACUAUUUUUCGUAUACCACAUGGUCGACAAACACAAACAAUCGGUCGACCCGUCCUCCUUCAACAUGGCCUACUCGAUUCAGCUGCCACUUGGGUAGUCAAUUUUCCUGAUCAAAGUCUUGGUUUCCUACUCGCUGACGCCGGAUACGAUGUGUGGCUGGGCAAUAUACGUGGUAAUCACUAUUCGCGUGCUCAUGUCAAAUACAAUCCCGAUCAUGAUGAAGAGUUCUGGGACUUCAGUUGGGAUGAAAUGGCACGUAUUGAUCUACCAUCGAUGAUUUUUUACAUUCUGAAUGUGACGAAACAAAUACAAAUAAGUUAUGUCGGUCAUUCACAAGGCACUAUGAUCGGAUUUGCCGAGUUCGGUCGUCCAGAUAGUAUUCUACAAAACAACGUCAGUUUCUGGGCAGCAUUAGCACCGGUGGCACAUCUAGGUCAUGUCAAAUCACCGAUUAAAUAUCUAGCAACACAAAGUGUGGAGAAAGAUUUGGAGAGAUUUUGGCAUAUAUUAUUUGGACGCAAUGAAUUUCUUCCUGCGUCUAAAAUUCAAGAAUGGCUGGAAGUUAUUGCCUGUGAUCAACCGAUCAUGGAUCGAGAUCUGUGUGAAAACAUCUACUUCCUCCUCUUCGGUCCAGACAAGAAAAAUUUGAAUGCCACACGAAUUCCAGUCUACGUAGCACAUUUACCUGCUGGAACGUCCGUAAAAAAUAUGAUUCAUUUCGCUCAGGGUGUGCAAACCAAUGUCUUUCAAGCUUAUGAUUAUGGUUCACCAGAUAAGAAUCAACAACAUUACAAUCAAACGACACCGCCAUUAUAUACUAUUCGUCCUAUGAAAAUACCUACAGCAAUAUUCUCAGGUGGUGAAGAUUGGCUUGCAGAUCCGACCGAUGUAAAAUUUAUUUUUGACAAUCUACAGAGCUUGGUCUAUCAAAAAUACCUUCCAGAUUAUAAUCAUGCAGAUUUCAUUGUCGCUUUAAACGUCAGCAAAUUAAUUUAUGCAGACUUGAUUGAUGUUAUGCAAAAAUAUCAUCCUCCUAUUUAA